CUGUAUGCGAGUUUCACACGCGACGGGGGGCUUGCUCUGGGCUCUCUGGGGUUACAGCUGCCAUGGAUAGCUACAGGAAAAACCUCUGGGCGUCUACCGAAGAUCGUCCGGGAUCGCUUCGUCCCAGCUGUUUGUGGUUGCCCUGCCGAGAAUGUAAGUUUUUUUUUUUUGUCCGUUCCAAUUUUUUUCUCCUGUUUUUUUCUUGUUGCCAGUACGAGUUAAUACGCUUUAUUCUGUUUAAUAACCUCCUCUGCGAGAAUCUUGCCAUAUAUCAUUGUAACUAUAAUAUCAAUCUACUUUUCACUAUUCCGUACAUGAUCUCGCAAGUCAUCAACAUGGCCCCUUCAGUUCUAUCCACAGUUUCGCUGCUGGCAGCAUUCGCCUCAGCAGCCGUGGCUGGCGGCAACACUGAUGUUGCGCAAAAGCCGCUGCUAAGCUAUUUCGAAUGCGAACAUCCCGCCUACAAAAUUCAGGUCGUGUCCAAGUCGCCGCUCGUGAUAUAUAUUCACAAUUUCAUCACACCCACCGAGCGCCAACAUCUGCAAGACGUCACCAAAAACACCUUUACCCACGCCGGCGUGACCGCAAACGACGGCCAGGACAACACGGUCAAGGAGAGCCAAGAGCGCAGCUCGCAGUCUACCAACGUGCCGCGCGACGCCGUGGUCCGGUGCAUCGAGGACCGGGCGCUCGCCUUCCAGGGCCACGACGUCGCGCGCUCGCAGCUCGAGCCGCUGCAGCUGGUCAAGUACGGCCAGGGCCAGGGCCAGGGCCACCACUUCCACACGGACUGGUUCGCCGACGUGGCUCAGCACGCGACCGCCGCGCUGGGCGGGAACCGGCUGUCGUCCUUCUUCGCCUACGUCGACGUGUCCAACUCGACCGAGGGCAACGGCGACGAGACCAUCGUCGGCGGCGGCACAAACUUCCCCAUGCUGGACGCGCCCCGGGACGAGAGGUGGUGCGCCGUCCUGGACUGCGACGAGCCCUGGGCAAACGGCGUCACCUUUCGCCCCAUCGCGGGCAACGCCGUCUACUGGGAGAACAUGCUGCCGGCCGGUGCUGGCGGCGACCACCGGACUUUACAUGCUGUUCUGCCGCUGAUCAAGGGAUCCAAGAUUGGGAUGAACAUUUGGACGAGGCAAGGGUCGAUGAGCGAUGACGUUAGGGGGCCGGACAUCUGAUACGGUGAAUCAGAUGGUGGGCCGUUUGUGCCAUGAAUGAAACUGAACUUUGUUAUGCCCAGAAUAACACAGUAAUUUGUCUCCA